AUGUCGGAUGCUGGAAAUUGGUGUCUGAUUGAAAGCGACCCCGGUGUUUUCACCGAGAUGUUGCAAGGUUUUGGUGUGAAAGGAUUGCAAGUUGAUGAACUCUAUUCAUUAGAACAUCAUGAAACUACUUUGGCAAAGUAAGUUUUACUCAUAUUGAAUCUAUAAUGCAAAAUUGUUUAGACCUGUUUAUGGUUUGGUCUUUUUGUUCAAAUGGCGUCCUGGAGAUGAACCAUGUGGUGUUCCAUCGAAUAAUGGGAAUAUAUUUUUUGCACAACAAGUUAUUCAAAACGCAUGCGCAACUCAAGCUAUCAUCAACAUGCUAAUGAACAUUGAUGACCCAGAAGUUGAACUUGGAUCAAUUUUGAAAGAAUAUAAAGAAUUUGCUCUUGAUUUCGAUCCAGCAGUAAGUUUGAACUGUUUCAUUACAAUAAUAAAAAGUGUGUUAAAAAAUGAAAAACAUUAAUUUCAGACUCGUGGUGAAUGUCUCUCGAAUAGUGACAAAAUCAGAACUGUUCAUAACAGUUUUGCUCGUCCAACAUUAUAUGAAUUGGAUAUAAAAGGAGGAAAAAGUGAAGACAAUUAUCAUUUCGUCACUUACAUUCCAAUUGGAAACAAAGUCUACGAACUUGAUGGUUUACGAGAAGCUCCGAUUGAAGUAGCCGAAAUUGAAGAAGAUUGGAUGGAUGCAGUUACACCAGCAAUCCAAAAACGUAUUCAAAAGUAUAGCGAAGGGGAAAUUCAUUUCAAUUUGCUGGCUGUUGUUCCAAAUAGAAAACAAAAAUUAGAAGAAAUGUUGAAAUCAUGUCAAGAAGCUAAUGUAAAUCACGAUUUGGAUGAUCAAGUUCAUGAAUUGAAUAUUGAAAUUGCCAGAGAGGAUAGAAGAAUUCAACAAUAUCAGAAAGAAAAUGCUCGUCGUCGUCACAAUUAUCUUCCAUUUGUGGUUGAACUUUUGAAAGUUCUUGCAAAAGAAGGAAAAUUGAUUCCACUUUUUGAUAAGGUAAAUUAUUCAUUAUUUUUGAAAUGUUAAAAUUUUCUUCAGGCAAUCAAUCAAGCAAAAGAGCGAGCCGGACAAAAAGCUCUUCUCGAUUUGAAACGGAAACAAUAA